AUGGAUAGAAUUUCAAUUAUGUAAAUUAUAGGUUUUAAAUAUGAGUAUGGAUUCCCAAAGUACAGAUCUAUAAAAAAUCAAGUUGUAAAAAGAGUUUGCACUUCGGUUGCGUAAGAAUCAUUAUUUUGAUAUUGGAAUUUAAGAUUACAGAAUUAAGAACUGGCAUUAUUUGUUAGAGAGUUUAAAAAAAAAAAUUUACUUUUUUUGA